GCUCUUUCAAGGUUGCAAUAGUUAUCCCUUCAUUUACGGAUUACAGCUCCCUAAGGUGCCGUCAAUUCUGUACAGAUCUUGCAACACAACCUACAUAAGGCCUGAACCUGUGGCUUUUCUUUCUGCAGCAUUUAUAAACUCAACUGAGCAACUACGCAACCAUUGUAGGCUUCUAUCGAGCAUCCAGCCAGGCUCUCUUCCUGCUGCCAUGGCAAGCUCUCGGAGCUUGGAGAGGGAGAAGGACAGACGGUCUCAGUCCAACUUCGACGUCGACUAUGUAAUUCACUACACGAUUCCGCAAAAUGAAGCCGCCGAAGCAGAAGCGUCCUUCACGCAGCUCGUAACUGCCCUCUCCCAAGCGGGCUUCGCCACCGAAGUCCGCCCCGGCCGCCAGCACCACAACGGGUCGCACUCGGCCUCGCUGCUCGUCUUCGUCAAGCUCGCCUCGGACCGCCUGCUCAAGUCCCAGGUCUACCGCGCCCGCGUGCAAGACUACCUGUACGGCGUGCGCCCCGCCGCGCCCGCGCCCUCCCCGGAGAACGAUGGCGACAUGGACAGGUACUUCGCCGAGGAGGAGCCGGUCACGCAGGCCGAGCGGCUGCGCCUAGCCUACCUCUUGAUUACGAAACCCAAGAACGAAGGCGGCGCGGGCGUCACGCCGAAGAGGGGCCGGUGGCGGUUCGUGAAGAGCAUCUUCCCGCUGCACGACAGGAGGUUCAAUAAGGAGUGGAUUACCGAGUGGAGUCAGAAAUACUACCUGGACGAGGGGGAUAUCGAAGGGAUUAGGGAGCGGUUUGGCGAGCGGGUGGCGUUUUACUUUGCUUUUCUGCAGUCGUACUUCCAGUUCCUGCUUUUCCCGGCCCUGUUCGGGUUUGCUGCGUGGCUGAUUCUGGGGCCGUUUUCGUGGUUCUAUGCCGUGGUGAACUCCCUGUGGUCCGUCGUCUUCUUCGAGCAUUGGAAGAUGAAGGAGGUCGAUUUGGCGGUGCGCUGGGGGGUGAGGGGCGUGAGUCGGAUUCAGUUGUCCCGGCCGCAGUUCCAGUGGGAGCGGGAGACGGUGGACCCCGUGACGGGCGAGAUUGUCAAGGUGUACUCGCCCGUCAAAAGGUUGGGAAGGCAGCUGCUGCAGGUGCCGUUUGCUGCCGCCUGUGUGGCGGCCUUGGGCUCGGUGAUUGCCGGCUGCUUUGCUAUUGAGAUCUUCAUCACCGAAGUGUACAACGGGCCGUUUAAGCAGUACUUGACCUUUUUGCCCACGAUCAUCCUCACCAUCUUUAACCCCACGCUGACAACGCUGCUCACUCGUCUCGCUGAGAGGCUCACGGAGCUAGAGAACUACGACAGCCAUGACGCACACCAAGCUUCUUUCGUCCAGAAGAUCUUUGUGAUCAACUUCAUCACCUCGUACCUCGGCAUCUUCCUGACGGCCUUCGUCUAUGUGCCCUUCGGAAAGAUCCUAGUCCCGUAUCUCGAUGUGUUCCAGCUCACAGCCCAGAGAUUCACGGCCGAAGGCAAGCCUCUGCCAACCAAGAGCUGGCGGAUCAACCCGGACAGGCUCACCAAGCAGGUCAUCUACUUCACUGUCACUGCGCAGAUCGUCAAUUUCCUCACCGAGGUGAUCGUGCCGUACGCGAAGCGCAGAGUCUUCAAGACUGUCGAGAAGGUGCAGUCUGAGAUGUCCGAGAAGACGACGGCCCAGGUUAAGGACUCGGAGGAGGAGGCCGACUUCCUUGAGCGGGUCAGGGACGAGGCUGAGCUGGAUGAGUACGACGUCACAAUCGAUUACAGGGAGAUGGUCAUCCAGUUCGGCUACCUAUGCCUCUUCUCUGUGGUCUGGCCCCUGACCGCCUGCUCCUUCCUGGUUAACAACUGGAUCGAAGCCCGGUCCGACGCCAUGAAGAUCGCAGCUAACAGCCAGCGGCCCAUCCCCUGGCGCGCCGACUCCAUCGGGCCCUGGCUCAACUCGCUCGGCUUCCUGUCCUGGCUGGGCAGCAUCACCAGUGCCGCCCUCGUCUACCUCUUCCACAGUAGCUACCAGAACGGUGGGCCCGACGGCUCGCCGUGGGAUAUCCGCGGCUGGGCACUGCUGCUUUCCAUCUUAUUCGCCGAGCAUGUCUACCUGGUUGUGCAGUUCGUGGUGAGGUACCUCAUCCGCAAGCUGGAUAAUCCGGGUCUGCAGAAGGAGAAGCGCGAGCGGUUCGCCAUGCGCAAGAAGCUCCUCGAGAGGAUGGUGGAGCGGGAUAUGAGUAAGGAGACUACUGGAUCAGGGGUGGGUUUUGGUGGGGAGAAGAUCACCAGAGAAUCGCUAGAGGAGGAUGCGAGGAGGCUUUCCGUUUCCGGAGAAGGAAGGCCGGAGCAGAUGUGAGUAGCUAGAUUCCUAUGAUUUUCCUUUGGACUUUUGUGGACGCGUUUGUUGACAGUUAUCGUGCAGCUUCUGGCAGCGGCAGAGGGGCGCCUCCGAGGCUAUUCAGGUCGGAAGGACCCUGAUUGCUCAGGUAAGGAUCGCUUGGAAUGAUAUGUUCUUUAGUUCUACUGCUGACAGCCCCGUAGAUGGGCUCGAACCGGACCGAGUCUAGGAAGUAGGCCGUUGCAGUUUUAGAGCCGAACAGCUAGCGUUGGUAUUGCCGAAUAGCAUGGCUGUGGAACGCACCUUGGUUUGUGCCACACGUUAGA